AAGAGUUGUGUACACACGGGAGUAGCUAGUAAUUAAAUCAAGUGCACCGGUAUGUUUGUUGACGUCACAUGUUGUAUGUUUUUUUUUUUGCCCCGCGGGGUUCGAUGACUGAUCACCAACUCGAAGCACAGUUAAGCAGAAGACUGAAAGAUGCCACCAAAGAAGAGGCCCAGAGGGAGUGAAGCCUCAGCAAAUUCACGCAAAGAUGAUGGUGAAACGGCCUCUUCUGCAAAACAAGCGUUAGACAGUAAAAGGAAAGCGACCGGAAAGCCUAAGGAGAGCUCAGAAUCACCACAGUACUGUCGCUGGCUGAUGAAGUCUGAACCCGAGAGCCGCUUCGAGAACGGGAUCGAUGUGAAGUUCGGGAUCGAGGAUCUGAAGGCUUUGCCCAGUCAGACUGGCUGCUGGGACGGUGUCCGCAACUAUCAGGCGCGCAACUUCAUGAGGCAGAUGAAAGCGGGACAGUUGGCUUUCUUUUACCACAGCAACUGCAAGGAACCAGGGAUAGCAGGACUCAUGAAAAUUGUGAAGGAAGCCUACGUGGACCACACUCAGUUUGAUAAGAAUGACGUUCAUUUUGAUGCCACCAGUAAACCUGACAAUCCCAAGUGGAGCAUGGUAGAUGUCCAGUAUCAAAGAAUGAUGAAGCGCUUUAUUCCUCUGUCUGAGCUGAAAAAGUACCACCUGCAGCAUCGCGCCAAUGGAGGGCCCCUAAAGGACAUGGCGCUCUUCACAAGGGCCAGGCUCUCUGUGCAGCCCCUAACCGCCGAGGAGUUCAACUUUGUCCUGAGUUUGGAGGAUCGAGAGCGUUUGUGAGGAUUUGGACCAGCUGACGCUUUUUGACGGUGAAAUUACGAAGCAGCCAACUGUACUUGUACUUUACUGUAUUUUUUUUUUUAACUUGUUCAUAAAUAUUAAAUGUGUUCUGGUCAAAGUAUCGCUCACGCUAAGUUUUUAACAACACGGUGACCUUGAAGCUGCAGGCUCCGGAUAGAAAACAGCAGCAGUAUAUAAAGUAUAACUCAUGAGUACAGUAAUGUGUAAAGUCAUCAUUUACAGUAAUCUAAUGACAAUAAAUUGUUUCUAUUCUAUUCUAUGUUGACAUAGACUGUCCUUUGCCUCCAGGGUAGUUUGUUUUAUUGCCAUUAUUCAACCUGUAACCAGCAGCGGACCCCGUUCUUCACAAAGCACAUUUAAUGCACUGCAUCACUUUACAUAAUGAGGUCCACAGCUCUCCAGUGAUGUGGAAGUGAGUGGGAAGAUUAAAAAGAGUUUGACAUCACGCGGGCCUGUUAAAUUUGCUCGGCUUUGUGAAUGCAAAGUUGCUUGAAACUAUUGAUUAUAAAAGCAACCAGAAGUAACCAAUCGGACGUUUCAGUGCAAGCUUGAUUUGUGAUUAAGUCAUCACUUUGGCCUUUCUGACCAUCUGAGGAUCCAAAUGUGUUUGGAAAAAUCUGAAUGACGACACAACAUGAAGCGUAUGCAGCAGCGUUGGUAUGAUGUAGUCAGUUUGAUCUUUUCAUGUGGCGGUUUUUUGUUUUUUUAUUUUUUUUAUUUUGUCCAACCUGUCACAUACACUUUCACUCAUUUCUCCAAUACAAAGUCUGAUAUUCUUUUCCAUUUGGCAUCAAUUUAUUUCACUUUUGGGGACAAGGAGGAAUUGAUUAGCAUUUUGCAAAAGAUAGAUAGUUCUAAUGUAACUUUUCUCUGGUUAAAAGACUAAAAUUAUGUUAGAGGCAGGAGGAUUUCAUUUGCUUGAUACACUUAGGCACAACUUUCAAGUCUCUAAUAAAGAGGAUACAGAAGACUUUAUACUAUCAGACCUUAAUACAACACCCUUUCCUAACAAUACUGGAAUGCUGAGGUAAAGCAUAUGAACAUGAAAGGUCAUUUUGUGGCACUGUGUACUCUAUAAUCAAUGUACACAUGGGGACAGGACUGAAGGUUUUAGCUGGUCUUAUUUACAGAUAAAAAAAGAAAAAUGUGGGGUUUAAUACUUAAGCCCUCUUGCUCAAAAAAAAGAGAAAAAGGUUCCAGUUUCCAGAUUUUUUUUUUUUUUUUUUGUGCAAACAUA